AUGUACAAACUCUCUAAGAAGAAGGCUGCCCGCUCAAUUCUUGAUAACACGAGCCCUACAUAUUCUGGCACCGUUACUGAGGCCGAACAAUUCUUCACUGAAGUAUUUGACGAUAAAUCGUGCGAUACGGAUGCCCUAUCUAAUCUGCUAACUGAGCUUGUCCCCCAGAUAGAAUGUGGCCACAACCUCGACUCACUGAUAUCACCCGAUGAGUACAAGCACCUAAGAUCAAUAGACCCCAAAGGAGAGAUCCUCGCUAAAAUCUUCAACCGAUGUCUCACUGAUCGCAACAUCCCUGCGCAAUGGAAGGAGUCCAAUACCAUAUUAAUACACAAAAAGGGUGAUGCAAGUUGUGUCUCUAACUUCCGCCCAAUUGCUCUGAUGAGCUGCGUCUACAAACUCCUUACGAGCAUAAUUGCAUCGAGAUUGGUCUCAUUCUCCAUCGACAACGGUCUCCUAUCUGACUCACAAAAAAGUGCUAGACCAAACGAAGGGUGCUAUGAACACACAUUCAUCCUUCAAUCUCUCAUUCUUGAUGCAAAACGGCACCAGAAGAACAUCUACCUGGCUUGGCUUGACCUCAAGAAUGCUUUUGGAAGUGUACCACACAACGUAAUAUCUACAACCCUGAAACAUCUUGGCGUCCCUAACUCACUUGUGGAACUUAUCAUAAGCAUCUACAAGGACGCCACAACCACAAUCAUCACGUCGAAUGGGAACACAAAACCUAUCCCGAUCCUCGCUGGAGUCAAACAAGGCUGCCCCCUCUCGCCGAUCUUAUUCAAUCUCUGCAUCGAAAUAAUUCUUCGAGGUAUUACUUCUAAAAACCAUCAAUUGGGUCCCGUAAAACACCACUCGUGCGAAAUCUCGGUUCUUGCCUAUGCUGAUGACCUUGUUGUCUUAGCAAAGAAUGAAUAUCAACUCCAGUCUCUCCUAAACAGUGCAUCCAACCUAGCCUAUACAAUUGGUUUGGAAUUUAGACCUGACAAAUGUGCCUCACUAGCCAUCACCUACAGUAAAAGAGUGAUCGGUAAUAUACAACCUUCCACAUUCAUUGUCCAAGAUAAACAAAUUCCACACCUAGCCGAAGAAGAGCACUAUAGAUACCUUGGCAUUCCAAUUGGCCUAAUUAGAGACUUCUCUUCAAUCCAGAACCUUACCGAUAAUCUCUGCCGUGAUCUUGAAUGUAUCAACAAUUCUCUUCUUGCUCCAUGGCAAAAACUGGACAUGAUUAAAACAUUCAUCCAACCAUGUCUAACUUAUGCCCUACGCAGGAGAACCAAAGCAGCAUCCUUAAUAAACUACCGUAAGAAAUUAAUCGAAGUGGUCAGAUCAAUAUGUAACCUCCCUCUUAGAGCCACCACACACUACAUCUUCUCUUCCAUAAAAUCAGGAGGACUUGGCCUUCAAGACCCGGCCGCUGAAGUUGACGUCCAGACUGUUGUCCAGGCAAUAAAAAUGCUCAGCUCUUCUGACAAAACUGUUGCGAAUAUCGCUAAACAAGAAAUACUACGUACAGUCAGUUUUGCCAGUAGAUCGGACCCUUCGCCUGCCCUAAUUAAAGACUUCCUGUCUGGAUCAACAACUGGUUGCUUCCACAAGGACGUUAUCCGAUAUCGCACGCACUCUCUUUGGACUAGAACUCGAAAUGCCUGCAGGAAUCUAAACAUAACUUUCGCUGUACCACCAAAUGAUCAACCUGCCAUCUUUUCAACUAACAAAGGCCCUUGUACAGCCAAAGCUGCCUCUGCAUUCUUACAUCAACACGUGCAAAACAUCUCAAGCACCAAACUAUUGAACCUCCCUGAUCAAGGCAAGGUAGCUUCCACGCUCAACAGAGACUGCUUUGGCAAUGGCUCAAAAUUCCUUAACAAUGGUCUAAACAUGAGAUUUAGCGAUUGGAGGUUCAUACAUAAGGCAAGACUAAAUGUGGUUCCAGUUAACCAAAAUAAAUCCAAAUGGAACAACACAUCAUCAUCGUGCCGAAAAUGCCAUGACACCUCAGAAACCUUACCUCAUAUUCUCAACCACUGUAACACAAACAUGGUCAACAUCCGUAAAAGACAUGAUCAAAUAGUCGAUAGACUGGUUAAUGCAACAAGAUCGGGCACAAUCAAAGUUGACCAACAAGUCGACGGCAUUGAAGAUGAAUGUAGACCAGACAUAGUUAUUGAAGACGGGAACAAUGUCACCAUCAUCGACGUAACUUGCCCGUUUGAGAACGGUACUGAUGCGCUGUCAACCGCUGACUUCCACAAAAUAACAAAGUACGAACACGUCAAACGCUACUUCCAAUCUACCGGUAAAUCCUGUAGCGUUCAUGGCUUUGUUAUCGGCUCUCUCGGUGCUUGGCAUCCCAACAACGAAGUUGUCCUGUCAAAACUGAACAUGUCCAACAACUAUAAAUCCCUCUUCAGAAAGCUGUGCUGCACCGAUGUCAUCCGUGGCUCAGCAGACAUAUACUACGAUCAUGUGAAAUAUGGCCUCACCUAA